GACAGGACCGGAGCAGGGCCCCAAGCCCCCGGGCCUGGCGGGGGACGCGCUUCUCCUCACACCGGGUGCCUCAGCAGCUCCAGCCAGCGGACCUGGCAGCCGAGAGGAGAAAAUGGGGAGCCCUGAGGAUGACCUCAUUGGGAUUCCAUUCCCAGACCACAGCAGUGAGCUCCUGAGCUGCCUCAACGAGCAGCGCCAGCUGGGCCACCUAUGUGACCUCACCAUCCGGACGCAGGGUCUUGAGUACCGCACCCACCGGGCUGUGCUGGCCGCUUGUAGCCACUACUUCAAGAAGCUCUUCACCGAGGGCGGUGGUGGAGCAGGCAUGGGGGUUGGGGGUGGCGGGAUGGCAGCCGGAGGAGCAGGGGCUGGCGUAUGUGAACUGGACUUUGUGGGGCCAGAGGCAUUGGGUGCCCUGCUUGAAUUUGCCUAUACAGCCACACUGACCACCAGCAGCGCCAACAUGCCAGCUGUGCUGCAGGCUGCCCGGUUGCUGGAGAUCCCAUGUGUCAUCGCUGCCUGCAUGGAGAUUCUGCAGGGCAGUGGGCUGGAAGCUCCCAGCCCUGAUAAGGAUGACUGUGAGCGGGCCCGCCAAUACCUGGAGGCCUUUGCCACAGCCACGGCCUCUGGAGUGCCCAACGGUGAGGACAGCGUUCCACAGGCACCCCUCCCACCACCGCCACAGCCACCUCGGCCUGUCGCCCGCCGCAGCCGCAAGCCCCGAAAAGCUUUCCUGCAGACCAAGGGGGCUCGGGCAAACCACCUGGUGCCCGAGGUGCCAGCAGUGCCUGCCCAUCCCUUGACCUUCGAGGAGGAGGAGGUAGCAGGCAGAGUAGGCAGCAGUGUUGGCAGCGGGCUGGGGGACAACUACAGCCCUCCCGCAGGGACUGCCUCACCCUCUGAGGGGCCCCUGAGCUAUGAGGGCUAUGAGGGUGAGGAAGAAGAGGAAGAGCUGGUAUAUCCUCCAACCUAUGGGUUGGCACAGGGCAGCGGGCCCCCGCUGUCUCCAGAGGAGCUGGGCUCAGAUGAGGAUGCCAUUGAUGCUGACCUGAUGGCCUACCUAAGCUCCCUGCACCAAGACGCCUUGACGCCAGGCCUGGACGGCCAGGACAAGCUGGUGCGCAAACGCCGUUCCCAAAUGCCCCAGGAGUGCCCAGUCUGCCACAAGAUCAUCCACGGGGCCGGCAAACUGCCUCGCCACAUGAGGACCCAUACAGGCGAGAAGCCCUUUGCCUGUGAGGUCUGUGGUGUCCGCUUCACUCGGAAUGACAAGCUGAAGAUCCACAUGCGGAAGCACACAGGAGAGCGCCCCUACUCGUGCCCACACUGCCCAGCCCGCUUCCUGCACAGCUAUGACCUCAAGAACCACAUGCACCUGCACACAGGGGAUCGGCCCUACGAGUGCCACCUGUGCCACAAGGCUUUCGCCAAGGAGGACCACCUGCAGCGCCACCUCAAGGGCCAGAACUGCCUGGAGGUGCGCACUCGGCGGCGCCGCAAGGAUGAUGCACCACCCCACUAUCCACCACCCUCCACUGCCACCCCAUCUCCUGCUGGUCUUGACCUCUCCAAUGGCCACCUGGACAACUUCCGCCUCUCCCUGGCUCGAUUGUGGGAGCAGUCAGCCACCACUGGGCCCCCAGUCUCAACCCCAGGCCCCCCUGAUGAGGACGACGAGGAGGGGACACCCACCACACCCCAGGCUGAGGGUGCCAUGGAGUCCUCUUAAAGAGGGACAUGUGACCAGGAUGGAGCAGCACAAGGCUGGGACACCCAUGCUAAGCAGUGGGAGCAAGCAGAAUAGAAGAGCUGGGGCCGGGGGCACUGAGCCUUGCUGGUAUCAGAAUCAGCCCCUUCCUCCGGAGCCCUCAUUCCAGUUCCAAGCUAAGAAGGUUUUGGGGCAGAGCCUCCCCAGACUGGGGUGAUCCCCAAGGAGUGAUACAUAUGAUAUGUAUAUAUUUACAGCUCUAUUGUGAAGGUGGAGUUCCUGUCCCCAGCUGCUCCUGGAGAGUAGAAGCAAUAAUGUAUUCCUGAUUCAUGGGGUCCC